UCUCUCUCUCACACACAUUCACUCAGCAGGGUGACACGUACAGGCGCUGCGCACGCCCAUCCAGCAGUAUUAUAACCCGAGACAUAAACAAUGAGGAAGGAGCAGCCGCGGCGGAGGAAAUCAUGCACAUGCACGAGGAUUUAAACCAGCAAUCAAAUCAUUUCUCGACAAACUGGAGGAUUCGCUCUCUGAGGACAAAUCCGCGGCAUGCAUCGUAUCCUUUAUGUCAGACUGGGCUGGCCACUUUUGCUUGAAGUGCACAUUCAACCACCCCCCCUCCUCCGUGUGACAUUUCUGUGCAAGACUGAGACUGUACCCGUGUGAGGACGUUUCGUAAUGAUAUCAAACUAAAAGGAAGGAAGGAUUUUUUCAAAGCCCCGUCUACAGCCUGCCGUUUUCCUGCUGACGGAGUGUUAGUGAAUAGUUUUUCUCGCCUGGACGGUUCGACUUGAGAAGAUCGGGGUUUGUUACCGGGAAGCCGCUCUAUUUUGUCCACCUUAAAAAGACAGAAAAACGAAAAGAAACCCCCUCCCCCGAAAUAUAACCAGAGGAGCAUCGGGGGCUUUCCUUUUUUUUCUUUUCUUAAUUUCGUGUGUGCGGCGCAUUUGACUGAGGAGCAACAGAGGGAUUAAACAUUCCUGCUCGCAGAGCCAGACUGGCUCACAUUGUGAGAGGAACGGUUGUGGCAAGAAAGAAGGCUAAAAAUAGCCCAUGCAAUUCUCGAAAACUAUCACAAGUGGUGCAUCAAGCUCGUGGAGCAGACGGAAUCAGAUAUCCUGCAUGUAAACAUCUCGGCUUCAGAGAAGUUUGACUUCUACCUUGUUGUUUUGGUUUGUGUAUUUAUUUAUUUAUCUCUUUUUCGGGGGGCUGGUCCGCAGCGCAUGGGGGGAAAAGAGGAAUCCUUAUUUUUCUCGUGGAUUAUGGUGUUUUAAUGAUGAAACUAUCCGGUUUGGGCUAACCUUCUUGUGUGCAAGGAUCGAAAUGGAUACAUCUGUGAUCAGAUUUGGAAGCGCCUGACCUGGAUUGUAACAAUGUUGUGACCCCCUCCCACCCCAGCACGGGCUUGGAUUUCCAACAGUAGGUUUUCCAACAUACAUGCUCGGGGCUCCAUGGAUGCGCUCUGCACUUCUGUCUGAAUACGCCCAUUCCUUUCCUCUGCCGACCAGUCUAUUAUCCGGACCUAAGGAUAUAAGCCUGCUUGUCUUGGCAGCCUCGUAAGGGAACCCAUUUGUCCCCCUCCCUCCCACCUUCCUCCUCCUCCUCCCCUGCUCGGUGUUUGCUACCGAUGUAGGAUUUCGACAUGCCAUGCGCUGACGACCCCAAAGGCGGACAAUUAUGACUGCAUCGGCGAAUUGGGUGGCUAACGGCGCAAGCCUUGAGGACUGCCACUCCAACAUCUUCUCUCUGGCGGAUCUGACGGGCAUUAAAUGGCGCUGCUACAGCUUCAGCAGCGGUGGGGAGUUCGGGCCCUUGAUCUCAGCCCCGGCUCAGGAUGACCCGGUCCUGCGCAGCUUCAUGCGCUGUGUGCAGGCCAACCUGCUGUGCGUAUGGCGGCGAAAAAUCAAGCCAGAUGCCAAGGAGUUGUGGAUCUUUUGGUGGGGCGAAGAGCCCAACCUCUCUGAUGUCAUUCAUCGUGAGCUUGAAGUGGCCGAGGAAGGGUUUUGGGAGUGUGGGCUGACCUAUGAGUGCAGGACCCUUCUGUUCAAGGCCAUCCAUAACCUGUUGGAAAGGUGUCUGAUGGAUAAGGGGUUUGUCAGAAUUGGAAAAUGGUUCUUCAAGCCACAUGAGCUGGAGGGAAAGUCUUUGAGCAACAGUGAACACCUAUCAUGCUCCUUCUCUUUCUUCCUUCACGGGGAGAGCACUGUGUGCACGAGCGUGGAGAUCGUCCAGCACCAGACUGCGUACCACAUCACAGAGCACCACAUCCGCCUUGCGCAGACCUCCACCACACCAAUACAGGUGAUCCUGAGUCCAUAUGGUCUGAGCGGUACUCUAACGGGUCAGGCCUUCAAGAUGAGUGACCCAGCGGCACGAAAGCUGAUGGAGGAGUGGAGCUACUUCUAUCCCAUGGUUAUUCAGCACAAAGAGGGAAGUGUUGAGAAGGAGAAAGAGGAAGCGGGCCGGGUCUAUGAUCGCAGCAGUCAUGCAGCAGUGGAGGUCAUUGUUGGUGGAGUAAGGAUGACCUACCCAGCUGCGUUUGUGCUGAUUACCCACGGUGACCUACCGGUGGAACAGCCUCCCCCUGUUCCUGCAGCUCAAGGCCUCAACAAGGAGCUGAACCACUGCAGCGUGCCGCUAACGCCGCCAACGUCACCUGAGCAGCCGUGCUCUGCGGACAGUGGCUUUGUGAACUCGAUCUCCAGUGUUCCCACUCCGGACAACACACUGGGAACCACCAGCAUCAGCCCGAAGCACUCCGAUAAGAAGCUGACGUGUCAGGUGGUCCAUCAGGCCUGGAGAGAGUGCUAUCUCAACCAAGCUCAGCACAUACCAAAUCAGACAACAGACUUGACGCAGAGGAAGGACUUGCCGAAUGGCGUUACCACUUGGAACUUCAAUGAUCUGGGAGCAAGAGCGCCCUGCAGGUGCUCCAGGUUAAAGCAGCAGAAGCUCAAUAUGACUUCCACAUCCACUGCCAACACUCAGACCAGCGUCAACUUCGUGCAGUCUUCUGGCCCGUCAUUAUACCCGGCCUCUCUACCGAAACACAAGACCAGUGACAAGACGGAUAAGGCGGACAAACAGUCCAAGAGGCCAGCUGUGAUUCCCUUCCACCAUCGUCUGUCCGUCACACAGGAGACCCCCUUGGAACACGACUCACCCGGGGGCCCGCAGAUCAGCGGCCUCGUUGCACUCGAGCCACCCAUAGAGCCCCUGGCCUCGCUGCAAAGCUGCAAGUAUUCCAAGCCGCUCUCCAAUGGCCGAAAACCACCCGAGUCCCUCCUCCAUUCCCCGAUGUCACCCCUUCCACCCACUCUAAGCCCACACCCCCAGAUGCACGACGCAGAGGUUCUGGAUGCCCCCGUGGAUGUGCCCGUGUGUCCAGAUGGAGGUUCGGGACUGGGAGUGAUUACCAGUGAAACAGCUGUGUACACAGCUCUCCUGAAGCAGAGGGAGAACGGGGGCAGAUGGUGGAGAGGUUUCAGGACUCCUAGAACUGAUAAGAAUGACUCGGGCACCCCUGAAUUCCCUUCUGAUAAAUCAGAGGAAAUGAAAACAGAGGCAAUCAAUGAAGGAGCAUCGCUCAAGAGACUCUACACACAGACUCACAAGAGAUUUAAAAUUUCAGAGGAGAGGUUGAGGGACCACAUCCAUACUUUAGGCCUGUUCGAACAGACGGGUGUGGAGAAACUACGGGAGAGUGGCGACGACCCCUAUGACUUUAAGGAAGGAGACUUUGAGUACACUUUUUCCACUUCAAAAAGGUCAAAAGGUCCAGGUCGGGAACAGAGCAAGAAGGCCAAGGGAGAUGAGAUCACCAGCAACGGCUCACUACCUGAUGGAAAAGAUGCAAUGUCUAUAUUCAACUCAGCUCCAAAAUCAGAUGACUCGAGUCAGGACGAUGCCACAGCUAAAGCUAAUCCUUCUCUGACCAGAGAAAAAGACCUAGUGGUCAACAUCGCUGAUCUAGACAACAUAUUUGAUGAAGAUGAUGACGAGUUAGGGAGUGUUUGCCCGAACCAUGGCCAAUCGACCAAACUGCUGGUGUCAACAGAAGACCGUCCUGUGGGGAAAGAAGGGAGAGUUAAUGUACCUUAUCCAUCAACAGUAGCAGAUCUGCAGCGGAUGUUCCCCACCCCGCCUUCUCUGGAGCAGCACCCCGCCUUCUCUCCCAUCACGCCGUACCGGGACACCCCGAGUCAAGAGCCCUCGGCGCCGAGUGGAGUGCCUGACCACCUGCCAACAUUAUCCUCCACCCAGAUCACCGAAUACAAGAUGGAGUUGGAGGAGGGCCUGGUUAGUCCCAGGCAGGAUGAUGUUAAACCACAGAUUGACUCCUCCAUGUUCGCUCCUCUACCUUGCCUGCCCAGCCAGAGUCUACCAAAACUCAACCUUUCUGAUCAGUGUUACUACCGUCCAUCAUGGGUCCUCUUGCCCAAAAUGGAGCAUUUCACCACCAUCGUGCAUCCGCCGAACCCUGCUUUCACCAAGGACGGAUACACAAACAUUCCCAGUGUCAACACCCUCACAGACCAGGACUACGGCCAAAUGAGCGGCACCACUGCCUCUGUAAGCACCACCACUGGCAUCCUCCCAUCUCCUGCCACACCUCGCUUUUCUGUGCCCACCCCACGAACCCCACGUACCCCAAGAGGGAUUAACGCUGCAAGCUCAGGGCAGGGUUCUGUCAAGCAGGACGGCACUGAACUCAGCUCACCGGUCUCUACACCAUCCACCAGCCUGCCUCUCAGCUCUGUAGAGCCCCUAAAUCGGCCGGGACCCUCGCUGCCCGAGGCUCACAGUCUGUACGUUGUCCUUCUGCUGUCAGACUCCGUCCUUAGUGUCUUCAAGGACCGCAACUUUGACAGCUGCUGCAUCUGUGCCUGCAACAUGAACGUCAAAGGAGCAGACGUGGGGGUGUAUAUCCCAGAUUCCACUUGUGAAGAUCAGUACCGCUGCAUGUGUGGCUUCAGUGCCAUCGUCAACAGGCGACUGGCUCACGGGACGGGCCUCUUUCUGGAGGAUGAGCUGGAUAUAUUCGGUAGGACCUCUGAAGUAGGCCGAGCAGCGGAGAGGAGAUUGGCCCUCUGUCGACGGGACCCAACUAUGCGCGACUCCAGGGCCAAGCAGCUGGAGGACGCAGUCCCCGCCUCCACGUCAGUCAUGAUGGUUUUGCAGGAACAGUGCUCCCAGCCCAUUUCCUCCCUGGCAUCACUUCAUCUUCCCCUCAGUUGCUCCUGUCAUGGCCGCAAGGGGGCACUUGUCCAAAGCUGGAUGUCUGAAAAGCAGUGGGCGGAUGGGAAUGAUGCCUGCGUGGAGUGUUACAACGCUUUGGAGCAGGGGCUGCAGUAUGUGGAUAACCCCACAGGAGGGAAAGUAGAUCUAGCUGUUGUCAGGAGCAGCGCUCUUCACUCUUGGCCUCAUACUAACGUGGUGGAUAUGAGCAUGUUGUCGUCGCAGGAUAUGGUUCGUAUGCUGCUAUCUUUGCAGCCAUUCCUGCAGGAUGCCAUCCAGAAGAAGAGGACAGGACGGACCUGGGAAAACAUCCAGCAUGUACAGGGCCCACUGACCUGGCAGCAGUUUCACAAGAUGGCUGGAAGAGGCUCCUAUGGUUCGGAGGAGUCACCAGAGCCCCUGCCCAUUCCCCCUGUGCUGCUGGGCUAUGACCGAGAGCGGGACUUCUUGGCUUUGUCCCCGUUGGCAUUGCCUUUCUGGGAGAAGCUGCUGCUGGAGCCUUAUGGAGGGCAGCGGGAUGUGGCCUAUGUUGUGUUGUGUCCCAACAGUCCCUCCCUGCUAGCUGCAGCCCAAUCCUUUUUCCAGGAGCUCAGCGCUGUCUACGAGACAUGCCGCCUCGGGAAGCACCGUCCUCUGGCCAAGGUGUCCAGGGAUGGCCUUCUGAGAGUCGGGGAGGAAGUGGAGCAAGAAAAGCUGGAUGAAGUGGAUGUGGAACAGUGGCUGGCUGGACCUUGGGCUGGACAGCAGCACACCGACAACCUCAGCAAACUUAAACUCUAUGCUUAUACCUGCAAGCAGCAGCUCGGUCCCCAGCUCUCAGCACUGCCUUUGGACAGCAGUCUUCUGUUGCCUCCCAAAGCCCAGCCCCAUGUUAACAACACACCCACGGCUCAGUCUGCGUCUUCCGGGCAGCCUCAAACAUUUGCUGCUGAUGCAGAACAGCCUUCAGGUGCGGCCAGUGCCCCAAACGUUUCUACCCCAACUGGAGCCACGUCAGGCCAGGGAGCAGCCGCUGAUUGUAAAGGCCCCUCUAGCUCCACAUCAUCAGCCAGUGCACCAGCAGAAAACGCUGAACUCUCCUCUGAGCAGUCGAGAAUUGGCAUCCCGACUGUGGCCGACUCAGUGGACACUCAUUCAAAUCCACCAGCUAUCGUAAUCUACAUUGUGGAUGCUUUUAUUACAUCAAGUGGUGGGAGAAAUGAAGGGGGAGAAGAGGAGGAGGGUGAAGAGGUUGAAUCCAGUAGUGUCUGGCUGCUUGGGCUUCUUCGCUGCUACACAGAGAUGGCACAAACCUUGCCUGAGAAUAUGAGAUCUGCACUGGUGCUACAGGUGGUGCCGUGCCAAUAUCUUCUCCAGCCAGCAAGUGGAGAGAACCAUUUGUACCUGCAACAUCUGCGUUCCCUGGCAUUCUCCUGUUAUUCGCAGUGCAGGCGACUGCUACCCCAGCACACACAUAUCAAGUCUCUCACUGGCUUUGGCCCAGUGUCGACUGCCAGUUCAGUGUUUAAGAGUCCAGAGCAUCCCAGCCCACUACAGCUUUACUCUCCCCCGUUCAUUCUCGGCCCGACUCGUCCCAAGCAGCCAGAGCCAGGAGAGAUAUGGGCAGAAAUUCCUCCCAAAUACAAUGUUCUCUAUGUGGGCUAUUGCCUGUCACAUGACCAGCGCUGGAUACUGGUGUCCUGCACUGAUCAGCAGGGGGAGCUCUUAGAGACCUGCAUCAUCAAUGUUGACGUUCCCAACAGAAAAAGGCGCCCCAAGGUAUCAGCCAGGAAAAUGGGCCUUCAGAAACUGUGGGAGUGGUGUAUCGGUAUCAUUCAGAUGACCUCACAGCCAUGGAGAAUUGUCAUUGGUCGAUUAGGCAGACUGGGCCAUGGGGAACUGAAAGACUGGAGCUCCCUCCUUGGAGAACACUCCCUCCAUUCAAUAGGACGCCAGCUGAAGGAUGCUUGUCGCAUGUGUGGGAUCUCACCAGUGGAGUCUCCCGCCAUCCUCAGUGCCUGCCUGGUAGCCAUGGAGCCACAGGGCUCCUUGGUGGUCAUGCCUGAUGCGGUGACCAUGGGCUCCGUGUUUGGACGCAGCACUGCCUUGAACUUGCAGACGUCGCAGCUAAACACGCCUCAAGAUGCUUCCUGUACGCACAUUCUGGUCUUCCCAACUUCUGCCACCACCCAGCUGGCACCCAGCUCCUACCCUACAGAGGACAAUACUGAUGACAUGUUUGAUCUCCCGUUUCCUGAUGAGCUGGAGAAUGACAUUGGCCACGACAUGAUGCUAAUCACAGGGAACCUUCACCCUUCCCCCAACACGUCGCCUGUGCCCUCGCCUGGUUCACCGUCCGGGAUGGGAAUGGGAUCACAUUUCCAGCACACCAGGAGCCAGGGAGAGCGCUUGCUGUCCAGGGACAAUCCCCCCGAGGAGCUAAAGCAGCAGCCGCUCGCUCUGGGCUACUACAUCUCAACUGCAAAAGCAGAUGGACUUCCUCACUGGUUCUGGGCCUCCUGCCCGCAAGCGGAGAACCAGUGCCCACUCUUCCUCAAGGCUUCUCUCCACCAUCACAUCUCUAUAGUACAGUCAGAUGAGAUAGCAUCAGAGAAGACUAAGAGGGCCCCUCACCCCUUAGACUCAAAAACCACCUCUGAUGUGCUCAGGUUUGUAUUGGAGCAGUACAACGCCCUCUCUUGGCUGACGUGCACACCUGCCACACAAGACCGCCAGUCCUGCCUGCCGGUCCACCUGGCUGUUCUGAUCCAGAUGUACAAUGCCAUCCUGAACAUGCUUUAGCGGUGUGGACCGAUGGUAAACCUUAACUUUUUCUGUGCCUCUUACUGACCACCAGGGAGCGCCAGAGCUCUUCUCUUGUCCUCACAAAGCACGGAUUCAAUGCCAAGGUGCAGGAGAGAUGAUUUCAGGGCUGGAGUGCAAUGAAGAGGAAGACUGACGUCAAUCAAUUGUGACAUCACGAAGGCCCUGGGAAGCAUGUACCUUUAAACGAAUUCUGUGCCUGUUGUGGUGUAUGUGAUAGCUAAACGGAUGUAUCCAACUAGAAUCAUCACAUCACACAUGGGCAGCAUCUCUUAGUGGCAUUUGAAGCAUCUGUGUAUGACAGUAACAGAGAAGCUCUGUAUGAUUCUUUUUACACUCGUGAAAAGGGACAUCUGUGCCGGGCCGCAUAGCUCUAUAUUGCGCAAACAGCAAAGCAGCAUGACAACACAGACACGCGGCUUUGUUACAUGGAGGAUGUUUCUAUGUUUUUGUAUAGAACUGCACUGCUGAGCUUCUCGGGACUUGCAGCUGGUUGCUGAAUCUUUUUCCAUUUUUUUUUUUAAAGGGGAAGCAUUUGAUAAUGGCACUUUUUUUUUUCCCCUCACCUUCCAAAGUGUUGUAGAUACGAACACAACGGAGAAUAUUUGACCAGAGAAGAAGUGUUGUUUAUAAUGUAAGGCAUACAUUUACAAAGAAUCUAUACUUAUUUUUAAUAUUUAAAACAAGAUGCAAAGCCUUUUUUUUUGUUCCCAAUUGAGGUUAACUGCCAUGGGAGCUGAAAUAAAAAUGUCUCAAUUUAAUGCAAUUGUAAAAAUGCCAUAUUUAUACAAAUUAUAUCAUAUCAUAGAUUUAUAUAUAUAUAUGUAUGUAUAUAUAUAUAUAUAUAUAUAUAUAUAUAUAUAUAUAUAUAUAUAUAUAUAUAUAUAUAUAUAUAUAUAUAUAUAUAUAUAUAUAUAUAUACAACAUAAAUGUAUAUACAUACAUAAAUAUUACCUCUUCCAAGCAGGCACUUAAUGAAAAGGGGAGAGGGGGGAUAGGCACAGUAUAAACAUUUAUCAAAGAAGAUGUUCUUUUUAUUUUCACUUAUCAGAAGUUUUACCUUUUUAUUUAAUUGCUUAACUUAAAUUGCAGGAGACACAGUAUACAGUAUAUUUAUAAAGUGUUCCUAUUCUGUUAAAAGAAAAAAAAACUUUAGACAAUAAAAGACUGAUCUAUUUCAAGGUAAUUAUUAAUUAUUUAAGAUUGAUGCUUUAUUUCAUGGACUUUCCUAAAUGAUGUCAAGCAAACUAUUAUGGCGCUUUUAUACUAGUACCUACUCAGCGCGACUCGGCUCGCCACGCCUCGUCUCGCCUUGUCCUCGUUUGUUUUUAGACACCCAGUUGUUUUGCGCGGCGAGUCGAGUCGCGCUGAGUAGGUACUAGUGUAAAAGCGCACAUUAGAAAGGACUCUCUACCCGUUUUACACCAAACCGGUUCCAGGGUUGGUUCUGGGCCAGUGCCGAGUUUCGAACCGGGCUUUCUGUUCCCACUGACAAAGAAAUGGCUCCGGAGCAGAAAAAACGGUUCCAAGGUAGCACCGACUCUCUGCUGGGCUAGAGGAAAGAACCUCUUACGUAAGCUGAUUCGCAAGUUGAAUGAGUUGUGAAUCAGCACCAGCACUGGCCCAGAACCAGCCCUGGAACCGGUUAAGUGGAAAAGGGGUAUCUCUCUUCUGCCUCCCUCAGUCUGUGCAUUCUUUGAAUCAUCGCAUGUUUGUAUAUACACUGUUAAAAUGUGUUUUUGUUGCUUUUUUUUAUUUUAAAUUUUAAUUUUCUUUGUAUUUCUUAGUAAUGUUUCAUGCUGUUUCAUGCUGGCUAGCUUCAGUAAUUGAUCAAAGUUUUGUUUAUGUUUUCACUUUGAUCUUUUUUGAUAUAUAGUGUAAACCCAUUUAAAUACAGCCAAGAGAUUCAAAUGCAAAGUAAGUGAACACAGAUGUACAGUUCAAAGUUCAAAAGUUCAAAAAUUUCUUACACCUUUCAUCACUUUGAAUAUCAAACAGAUCCACUCAAGUGGGAGGGAUCUGUUACUUUUACACUCUUUUUUUUAGUAAAUUAUUAAAACUCUUGAAAAUGAUGUUGCUUUUCUGUCAUUUUUUAAAAACAGAAGACAUGUGUCUUUAUGGUUUGAUUUAAAAGAGCAGAUUUGCAACAAAAAGAGAUCAAUACUAUGCAGACAGAAAGAUGUCGGUGUAACGAGGAUGUAUUUAAAUAUAAAUCCAGACAUUUUGUCUCUGUUUUGUUAUCAUGUGUGUUUUUUGAGCUGCAACUCAUGGAAAAGACCCAGUGAUAUCAAACUUCACUC